AUGUGGGCUGCUUCGUGCUUGGCGUCAUGCUGCGCCGCCUGCGCAUGCGACGCUUGCAGGACCGUCGUUUCUGGAAUCAGCCGUCGUUCAGCCAGGAUCGCUUACUGCGGUCUUUUCGCUCUUUCCCUCGUCGUUGCGUGGAUCCUCCGUGAAGUCGCGGCUCCUCUCAUGGAAUCGAUUCCCUGGAUUAAUCACUUUAAACAAACUCCGAGCCGUGAGUGGUUUGAGACAGAUGCAGUUCUACGUGUUAGCUUUGGAAACUUUCUAUUUUUCACUAUUCUGGCUACUAUGAUGGUUGGUGUCAAAACUCAGAAGGAUCCUCGUGAUGGCUUGCAUCAUGGGGGUUGGAUGAUGAAAAUCAUCUGUUGGUGUCUUAUGGUUAUCCUUACAUUUUUUCUUCCGAAUGAGUUCAUCAGCUUUUAUGAAACAAUAUCAAAGUUUGGCUCCGGUUUAUUUCUUCUAGUUCAAGUUGUGCUCUUGUUGGAUUUUGUUCAUGGAUGGAAUGACAAAUGGGUUGGAUUUGAUGAACAAUUCUGGUAUGUUGCUUUAUUUGUUGUUUCACUUGUUUGUUAUGUUGCCACACUUGUAUUUUCUGGAGUUCUCUUUCACUUCUUCACGCCGUCUGGACAAGACUGUGGAAUCAAUGUCUUUUUUAUUACUAUGACCCUGAUGCUCGCAUUUGUUUUUGCCAUAGUAGCUUUGCACCCUGCGGUAAAUGGAAGCAUUUUGCCUGCUUCAGUAAUAUCAUUAUACUGCACUUAUCUCUGCUAUAGUGCACUGGCCAGUGAACCCAGAGAUUAUGCGUGCAAUGGUCUUCACAAACACUCAAAAGCUGUUUCCACUGGCUCUCUUACUUUGGGAUUAGUCACAACUGUUCUUUCAGUUGUGUAUUCUGCUGUUCGGGCUGGAUCUUCCGCUACAGUGCUUUCCCCACCAAGUUCUCCUCGUGCUGGGAAGCCGUUGCUUCCAUUGGAUGUUAAGGAGGAAGAAAGUAAUGAGAAAGCAAAGCCAGUUUCAUAUUCAUAUGCCUUCUUCCACUUGAUUUUCUCUCUUGCUAGCAUGUAUUCUGCAAUGCUUCUAACAGGUUGGUCUACCUCUGUUGGAGAGAGUGGUAAGUUGGUUGACGUCGGGUGGCCUUCAGUUUGGGUUCGGAUUGUCACUUGCUGGGCAACUGCCUUGCUAUACUUGUGGUCUCUCGUAGCUCCUAUCAUGUUCCCUGAGAGGGAGUUCUGA